ACCUCUUUCUUCCCUUCCUACCUCCAACAUGUCCACUGCGGGCUCUGCGCGCAAGACGACCAGCUUCAACAACCCGCCAAACUACUCGUUUGUCCACCACCGUCUCCGUCGAACCCUCCGCGAUGCCAAAAAGCAGCCCAUUGUCCUAGUCGCGUGCGGCUCCUUCAGUCCAGUUACCUAUCUCCACCUUCGCAUGUUCGAGAUGGCCAAGGACUUUGUCCGCCAGAAUACCGACUUUGAAAUCGUCGGUGGAUACCUCAGCCCAGUCAGUGACAUGUACAAGAAGCCUGGUCUCCUGAAUGCCCAUCAUCGAGUCGCCAUGUGCACCCUCGCCGCAGAGCAAACGUCCUCAUGGCUCAUGAUAGACUCAUGGGAGGCCUUCCAAAACUAUCAGCGCACGGCUGUGGUUCUGGAUCACUUCGACUACGAAAUAAACACCGUCCUUGGCGGCGUGCAGACGGAAGACGGCGAGCAUCGGAACGUCCGCGUCAUGCUCCUUGCUGGUUCCGAUUUGAUCAGCACGAUGUCUGAACCAGGCGUGUGGUCGACGGGCGAUCUCGACCACAUCCUCGGCCAGUACGGCACCUUCAUCAUCGAGCGCGCCGGCUCUGGCAUGGAUCAGGCCACCGACAAUCUGGCGCGGUGGAAGAACAACAUAUACCUCAUUCCGCAGCUCAUCCAGAAUGACGUAUCCUCAACUAAGGUUCGGCUGUUCCUAAAGAGGGGACUUUCCGUCCGAUACCUUCUUCCCAUGGCGGUUGUCGACUAUAUUGAGGAGAAUGGCCUGUAUUUGGAUGACGGUCCUUCAUCUGAGAAAGAGAAGGGCAAGGAGAAGGAGCAGGAGGCCGGAUCUAGUAAGAAGACGGUAUCAUGAUCUGAGGACUUUAGAAUGAGGAGCGUAUUGGGAAGAUGGGACAUAGAUUUUUCAGUUGUACGAUUCUAGAUGCAGACGACAUAUCAAGUAGUUGUAUACUCCGCAUCUUUCCGCAGCAGUCAAGAACUGCUGCUUGUAUAUCGUAAUUUAUUGUUAGGAUUGGCC